AUGGCGCCCUUCGAUCUCGACGCGUGUAUCGAGCAACUACUACGAAAACAACUGCUACAUGAAGCUCUUCUGCGCGAAAUAUGUGAGAAGACGAAGGAGGUGCUAAUGCGGGAGUCCAACGUGGUUCAUGUCAGUGCACCAGUGACGGUUGUGGGAGACAUCCACGGUCAGUUUUACGAUCUCGUCGAGAUAUUCCGAAUAGGCGGAUAUGCACCGCAUACAAACUAUCUGUUCUUGGGGGACUAUGUGGAUCGGGGCCUCUUCAGCGUGGAGACCAUAUCGCUCCUCACAUGUCUCAAGCUACGCUAUCCGGAUCGUGUCCAAUUAAUACGCGGAAACCAUGAGUCAAGAGCAGUCACUCAAACAUACGGGUUCUAUACCGAAUGUGUCCGCAAAUACGGGUCAUCUCACGUUUGGACGUAUUUUACGGACAUGUUCGAUUUCCUGACGCUGUCUGUGGUCAUUGAUGACAAAAUAUUCUGCGUCCAUGGCGGCUUGUCUCCAUCAAUACAUUCCAUCGACCAGAUUAAAGUUGUGGAUCGAUUUCGGGAAAUCCCGCACGAAGGGCCUAUGGCAGACUUGGUAUGGUCCGACCCUGACCCAGAGAAAGAGGAUUUUGCUAUCUCCCCUCGGGGUGCGGGCUACACAUUCGGAUCUGGUGUGGUGUACAAGUUUCUGGAGACAAAUCAGAUGACGCACAUUCUUCGUGCACACCAGCUGUGCAUGGAAGGCUAUGCAUCACUUUUUGACAAGCAUUUGUCCACAGUAUGGUCCGCGCCAAAUUAUUGCUACCGCUGUGGAAACUCAGCGAGCAUAUUGGAAGUGGGCCCUGGUGAACAGAUGUAUUUUAAUGUGUUUCAGGCUGCGCCUGAGAACGAGAGAGACGGCCCGAGCCAACAAGCGGCCCAGAGCGCGGGCGGAAAGCUACCCGAGUAUUUCCUAUAAAUUAUGUCAUUGUAGAUACCCUUGGCGAUCGAGGCCUGUGUACGAGCAUGUGCAUCAUAUAUGAAUUGUGGACGUUGUGUUUGU